AUGAUUGAUUAAACUACUUACUUAUUCAACUAAUUAGCUACUUAAUACUUGAAAGUUAAUAUUGAAUAAAAUGUGAUUAUAGAUCCUGAAAUCCAUAAAAUUCUUCAUCUUCUUCAGAAAAAAAGUGAGACAACCAAAAUUAAAACCUUAUCAGAACUCAAAACUCUAUUACCUAAUAAAUCAUAAGAAUUCUUUGAUUAAUUUACACCUACAUUUAUCAAUAUAUAUAAAAAAUAUGUUGAUAAUGAAUAUGAAAGAAGAGUUUUAGAAUUAUCCAAUCAAGUGUUAUCCUUAAUUUGUUAAUAUGGAAAAUAAUCCUUAUCUAAGAAAUUCAAGUAAUUAUUCCCAUAAUGGUUUAUUAUGAUCAAUGAUUAAAAUUCUGAAGUAUAAAUUUAUAUCAUUUAUUUAUUAGAUCUCAAAUACAGCUAUGAAUGCCUUUCAAAUUGCAUUUCCAACUAAAGAAAAAUAAGUAUAAGCUCUCAAAUAUUGUAGUGAUCAAUACAUGAUUGAUUUAAACAUAUAUCUAUCUCUAUCUAUAACUACUAUCAAAUAAGAAAUAAAUUUAGAAGAUGACAAAGCUUAAUAUUUAUAUGAGAGAUUGAUAGUAUCAGCAAUUAACUCAAUUAAAACAGCUAUAUUAUGGAAUCCUGAUAAUAAAUUUAUUGAAUAAAUUAUGAUACAACUUGAUUUUACAAAUCAAAUUACCAUUAUUGUAGAAUUACUCAAUACUGAAAAGAUAAGUAUUGUAGCAACUAUUAUUGAAACAUUACAUUUUCUAUUGUCUAAUGAUAUAUCAACUCAAUUUGUCCUUUAUAAAAGUGAUCAAAUACUUAAAAAGACAAUCUAACUCUUUGAAUAAAAAGAUAUUUUAAUUGUAAGUGCAUUAUGGAAAGGAUUUGUUAUUAAAUUAUUCUAAAAAGUUUAAUAAGAUUAAAUUUUAAAACUUUAAGAUCUUGAAAAUAAAUCUUUGGAAUUAAUAUCUUAAGCUGGUUUUGGUGUUGGAAAAUUAUUUUAUGAUUAAUUAGUUUUAUUUGUAUCACUUAAUCCUAUCUAUAAUGUAAUCAAUAUUAAAAAAGAGGAACAUUUUAGAUACAAAUUAGCUUCCAUAACAAAAUUAUUAAAUGCCAUAUUAAAAGGUAUUACUCAUGAAGAUAGUAGAUUAUUUUCAGAAAAUUUAAUAAAUAGUUAUUUUGAAACAAUCUAUUUUCUAAUUUGCAAAAGUAUAAUUCCUUCUUUGAUUUAAUAUAAUUAAUUUUUAGGAUAAGUUAAAAAUAUUAUUGCCUAAUCAAUCAAGUAACUUUUACAAAAUACUCUAUUUAAAUAAGGUGCUUAGGCAUAUAAUCAUAAUCCAUAUUAGUAUGUGCAUUCAAUUUUUUAAUAGUUUUUAAAAAUUUUAAAAGUAAAACAAGAAUAAUAAGAAUUCUUAAAUGAAAUUAUAUAAGCUAUUAUGACUGAAUUAAGGACUCUUAAAUUAGGUGAUUAUUAAGUAUUUGUAACUAUGGUUGAAUAAUUACUCAAAAUUAAGAAGGAAUAAAGUUCAGCCUAUCAAUUUGUUUAAGAAUAUUUGAUAUAUAUAUUUGAUGAAAUCUAUACAAAUAACGAUUUCGAAAAAGGAUAUUUGCUUUUUGAAAUCAUACCAAAUUCUUAAAUUUAAAAAAAAAAAAACUUGGAUUAAAAGAUUUAUGAAAUGAUCAAUAAUUUUUUUAAUUCCAUUUAACUGAUUUCUUCAGAAGAUUUAAUAAAGAAAUGUGCCUAAAUUAAAAUAUAUAUCUAUAAUUUAUAAAGAAUAAAUGAAUAAUAAUUAUUUGAAUCUAUUUUAUAAAAGAUAAUUACUUAAGAAUACAAAUAAGUAAUUCCAAAAGAAGAAUAACACAUUUUCAAAUUAAAAUGGAUUUGUUUACAUUAUUUUAUAGAUGCAAGUAUAGAUCCACAAUUUUAUUCAAAAUAUUUAACUAUAAAAGAUUCAUAAUAAGAAUAUAAUCUUAUUGAAGAAUUUAUUAAAUAUUAAUAAUUACAAUAGAAUGAAACUUUUUUGACCAAAUUUUUGAGUUUAUCACUUACAAUAACUAAUUUAAGUUAAAAAAUAUUCAUUCCUUGUAUUAUUUAAAAUGCUAAUUAAUAAAUUUUAGAUAUUUUGAAAUCAAAAUAUACAUAAAUAGGUUAAUAAGUUAUCAAAAAAAUAGAUAAAAUUUAACUUUAAAUAUUCGAAGAAUUAUCAUACAUUAUGAAUCAAUUACAACCUUAGUAAUUAAUAUUCGAUGUUUUAUUACAAUUAUAUUUAUAAAAUUAAAGUCAUAAAGGUACUUUCCUUUAUAAUUUAAUAAACAAAGAAUAUUAAAACUUAUUUGUUUAAUUUUUCUAAACUAUUUUGCCAUUAAUAAAAACUGAUACCUUAAAUUAAUAUCUUGAUUUCUUUACAGAUAUAUUUAAAUAACUAAAUAGCCAAGAUUUAAUAUAGUUUUUAAAUUUUAAUUUUUAAAGUCCUAUAUCAUGGAAAAUCUUAUCUUUAAUUGAAAUUUCAUAGGAUUACUUAAAUAAAAUGUAUUAAAAUAACUAAUUACAAUUAUUGGCUAUAUUUCUAGCUUCCAAUUAUUCAUCCAUUAUGUUAUAUGAUCAUAAGUUGAAGAGAUUCAUAUCGAAUAUUUUGGGAAAUCAAAUUAUUUUAAUUUUCCUACAUUCUUAUUAACAAUAAUAAACAAAAAGUUUGGAUUUUAUAAAGGUUCUAUUCAAUAACACUGAAAUAGUUUAUGGAAUAGCUCUAAAAAACCUAAUAAAAUAAAUAACAAUAGAGGAGACAAAGAAUUAAAAUAAAUCAAAAUAAAUAGAUUUAUUAGCAUAAAUAAUUGUAGAAUAACUUAAAAUAGCUUUGGAUACUAAAAAUGUAAAUAAGUUGAUAUUUAUGAGAUAAAUAAUAAAUGUAGAUGAUGUAAAGCAAUAAUUCUAAAAUGUUUUAUAGACUUAUUAUCAAAAUAAUUAGAUUUAAUAUUUGGAUUUGUAUACUCUUAUAUUAAGAUAGGAAGAUAAUCUCAUAGAAUUAGAAAAUCAAACAGAAUUAAAUUAAAUAAUAAAAUUACUAUUUGAGAUGAAUUUGGAAUCAAAUUAUGAUAAAAUGGUUGCUUUUGAUUUUAUAUAUAUAAUAUGUGAAAGAAAAACAAUUACACCUUUUGCUGCUUAUUUAAAAUAAAUUAUUAAUUUAUUUAAGUAAUUAUUUUAAUAGAAUAUACCAUUUAAACUAUACUAUUCAUUUAGUAUUGUAUCAGCACUUUAAUUGGUUAGAAAAAUAUUGAACUUUAUAGAAGUAUUUCCAAUAGAAUUUUAAGAUUAACUAAAUUUUGAUUUAACAAAUUCUUUAUUAUAAUUAAUUCAAUUUUGUAUAGAUUCAAAUCAAAAUCCAAAAUUUAAGAAUGAAUAGAAUGAUAUUCUAUUUAUUGAAUAUGCAGAAACUCUAUUGCUUUUUAUUCAGAUGAAAAUAGGGCAAAAGAUUGAUGAUAAAAUAUAUUAUCAAUUAUUAUAAUGUCCAUUCAUUAGUAUCUAAAAAGUUGCAUUUAUUGCAUUAAAGAAUAUAUAAGAUUAUAGUGGUUUAAGUCUUUUUUUGGAUGGAUUUGAUAUGAAAAAGGAAGAAAUGAGAAGAUUUAGAUAAUUAGAUGAGGAAGAUGAGGAAGAUGUAUAAGAUAAAAUAACAUUCCCUCUUGAUGGUAAAAUAUUAACUUAUUUACUUGCUUGGCUUGUUGUUUUAUAGAAAAAAAAUUGUAUUUAAUUUUAAGAUAAGUAUCCUACUUAUUUAAGCAGUUUGUUUUAUUUGUUAUAAUACUUAAAUGAUAAUGAAAUAAUGGCAAAGUUUAAUUAUAAAGAAAUUUAUUAAUAUGAAUUAAAUCUAAUGGAAAUUUAGGAUGAUUAAUCUGAAUUAUUAAAGAUUAUUGUAAUUUCAAUUUAUUAUUUUAUUUUGAAUUAAUAGAAUUAUUUUAAGUUAUGGUACAAUUAAGAAUGCAAUCAAACAUAAAAGAAAUAAUUAGACAAUAUACUUUAGAUUAUUAGUAAAGCAAUUUAUUAAAGGGAAAUUGAAUUUAUUAAAUUAAACAAAAUAGAAUUACAUAAUGAAGGUGUUGAUAUUAAUAUUUCUAAAAAUCAAUAGGAAAUAACAGCUACUUAUAACUAAAAACUAUAAAUCCUUAUUUAAAUUCCUAUAGAUUUUCCUUUAAAGCCUUUAAAAGUGAAAACUAAGAAUUUAAUUUAGAUUAGUGAAGAUAAAUCAUAAAACUGGAGUUUAAUGAUAAGAACUAUCUUAUAAUAAGAAAAUGAUAUUAUAUUAUCAGUAUUAAAAUUAUGGAAGAAGUAUAUUGAUGAAUAAUUUUAUGGUAUAAAUCUAAUUAAUAAAUAUUGUUAGAUAUUGAAGAAUGUGUUGUAUGUUUUUGUGUAAUCAAUAAGAAUGGAGAAUUACCAAAGAUGGCUUGUAGAACAUGCAAACAUAAAUUUCAUUCUACUUGUAUUUAGAAAUGGUUUCAUAUUAGCAAUAAAAGUGAUUGUCCUUUAUGCAGGAGUAAAUUUUUAUGA